CCCGACGGCAAGGAGAAGCUCGAGUUCUACGCCUUCUUCAAGCAGGCGACGGAGGGCGACGUCGCGGGCGACCGCCCGGGCGUGAUGUCGUUCGUCGCGCGCCACAAGUACGACGCGAGGAAGCUGCUCGCGGGCAUGCCGCGCGCCGUGGCCAUGCAGGCCUACGUCGAC